CUUGGCGGUGUGAGGUGUGUGAUUAUGAAACCAAUGUGGCAAGGAACCUUCGCAUCCACAUGACGAGUGAAAAGCACAUGCACAACAUGAUGCUGCUGCAGCAGAACAUGAAACAAAUCCAGCACAGCCUGCAGUUGGGUCUGGCACCUGCUGAGGCUGAGCUUUACCAGUAUUAUCUGGCCCAAAACGUAGGCUUGACAGGCCUGAAACUGGAAAAUCCAACUGACCAGCAAUUCAUGUUAAGUCCAUUCCAGCUUGACCCUGCAACAGCUGCAGCUGUAGCACCAGGAAUAGUUAAUAAUGAGCUACCACCUGAAAUGAGGCUUGCAAGUGGUCAACUAGUGGGUGAUGACCUGUCCUUCCUUCCUGCCGGAGAGAUUUCACCUUACAUCAAUGACCCCUCGCUGAAGCUGUUUCAAUGUGCUGUCUGCAACAAAUUUACCACCGACAGCCUGGAGGCUCUGAGCUUGCAUGUGAACAGUGAGCGUUCACUCCCCGAAGAGGAGUGGAAGGCUGUGAUUGGUGACAUCUAUCAAUGUAAGCUCUGCAACUACAACACUCAGCUGAAGGCCAACUUUCAGCUCCAUUGCAAGACAGACAAACACAUGCAGAAAUAUCAGCUGGUGGCCCACAUAAGAGAAGGGGGCAAACCUAAUGAGUGGAGGCUCAAGUGUGUAGCUAUUGGGAAUCCAGUGCAUCUGAAAUGCAAUGCCUGUGACUAUUAUACUAACAGUGUGGAUAAGUUGCGCCUUCAUAGUACCAACCAUAGGCAUGAAGCAGCAGUUAAGCUGUACAAGCAUUUGCAAAAGCAUGAGAGUGCGGCGAACUCCAAGUCUUGCUAUUACAACUGUGGCCUUUGCAACUACACCACCAAGGCCAAGCUGAACCUGGUUCAGCAUGCACGGUCUCUGAAACACCAGCAGACAGAGAGCCUGCACAGGCUACAGUUACAUCAGCAGGGGCUGGCACCAGAGGAGGACAAUCUCAAUGAGAUCUUUUUCGUUAAAGAAUGCCCACCAAAUGAAUCUGAUGAGCAGACUGAAGGACCUGGUAAAACCACUGUUUCAGCUGGUGCUUCUGAAAACAAGGACACAACUGAAAAAGACAACAAAGAAAACAAGAAGUCUGAUAAAGACUCUGGAACAAUUGCGCUAUCUGCAGAACCUCAAGAGAGUUCUAUAGUGGGAGAUCGGUCACUGCCACAGGGAGGAGAUGAUGACCUCACUUCCAAAAGACCUCAGUCAGCUGGUAGCAGCAAACCCAGUCAAGAGCAGCUCUACCAGUGUCCCUACUGUAAUUACAACAGUAAGGAUGGAAACAGGAUUCAGAUGCAUGUCAUGUCCCAGCAUUCCAUGCAGCCGGUCAUCUGCUGCCCUCUCUGUCAGGAUGUCCUCAGCAACAAGAUUCAUCUACAGCUCCACCUGACCCAUUUGCACAGUGUGGCACCUGACUGUGUGGAGAAGCUACUUAUGACUGUGUCUUUUCCAGAUGGGAUGAACUCCACCAGUAUAUUGUCCUCAACUGGCUCUGAGAAAACACAGUGUUUUCUCAACAAUACUGCAACUGUAACUACAGAGGAAUCGUGUAAAUCACAUGGUGAAUAUUCGUCAGAAGGGAAAGUUUAUACAGUCUCUGACAACUCAAAGUCCGGAAUUGAGUCAAAAAAGGAUGAGCAGAAGAUGUCAAAAGAAUCUUCAGAAACAGCAGAUUGGAAGAAGGAUGGGAGUCAGCAUUUUAAGGCCUCAGACUCUCUGCAAGAUCAACUAAAUGAACUCCAGAAAAGGCAACAGCUGCCUGUGUCAGAACGGCAUGUGUACAAAUAUCGCUGUAGUCAAUGUAGUCUGGCUUUCAAGACCAUGCAGAAACUUCAGAUUCAUUCACAAUAUCACGCUAUCCGGGCUGCCACAAUGUGUAGCCUUUGCCAACGCAGCUUCCGCACAUUUGUGGCUUUAAAGAGACACUUGGAAACCAGUCAUCCUGAGCUAAGUGAAGUUGAGAUACAACAGAUAUGUGGGAAUUAUCAUAUGAAUGGAGAGUUCUGGUCAGAAAGUGAAGUUAUCAAUCAAGACGAUAAUAUUCUGGUACAGGACAUCGAUAAGGAAGAGGAAAUUGAUCAGGAUGGGAAAGCCAGUCCAACGGGAAGUGACAGCAGUUCUAUUUUAGAUGAUUUAAGUUCAGAACCAAAACGAACACUGCCUUUCCGGAAAGGUCCAAAUUUUACUAUGGAAAAGUUUUUGGAUCCUUCGCGACCGUACAAAUGCACGGUGUGUAAAGAAUCUUUCACCCAGAAGAACAUUCUCUUGGUUCACUAUAAUUCAGUAUCACACUUGCACAAACUAAAGAAAGUCCUACAAGAGGCAUCAAGUCCAAUUCCUCAAGAAACUAACAACAGCAUAGAUAACAAACCCUACAAGUGCAAUACGUGUAAUGUUGCUUAUAGCCAGAGCUCAACAUUGGAAAUACAUAUGAGAUCUGUGCUCCAUCAGACAAAAGCAAGGGCAGCUAAGCUGGAAGCAGGGAGUUGUGGCACUGCAGGGGGAAGUAAUAGUGUGGGCAGCGGUGGUAAUCUGCUUGUUGCUGGUCAAGUGACUACAGAUUCUCCUAGGAUUGCCUCAAUUGGUAACAAAGACAUUAAUACAGAUAUCAAAGAAGCAAACAAAAAACAGUUUACAGAAUCAAUUUCUCCUCAUUCUGUCCAGCAUCAACCACAGUCACCAGCACCGGCACAUGCCCAGGCCCAGGCCCAGGCCCAGGCCCAGGCUCAGGCCCAGGCCCAGGCUCAGGCUCAGGCUCAGGCCCAGGCCCAGGCUCAAGCUCAGGCCCAGGCCCAAGCUCAGGCCCAAGCCCAGGCUCAAAUGCAUCUUCAACACGAGCUGCAGCAACAAGCUGCUUUCUUCCAGCCUCAGUUUCUGAAUCCAGCAUUAUUACCACAUUUCCCUAUGACAGCUGAAGCUUUGCUGCAAUUACAACAACCACAGUUUCUCUUUCCUUUUUAUCUGCCAAGUACUGAAUUUAAUCUGAAUACAGAGCUUGGUUUGCCUGGUUCAGGAACCUUUGGAAUGUCUGCAAUGACAGGAUCUCUGCUGGAAGAUCUAAAGCAGCAAGUACAAGGGCAACAGUUAUUGCAAAUUCAGCAGCAAUAUGGACAGCAACAUCAAAGUUUACAGACUCAGCAACUGACGCAAAAACAACAGCAACAAAUCCUUAAACCAUCAAAGCUGGAACCAAAUAUUCUCAAUUCUAUAGAGACCCAAUUGUUAAAAGACACUUAUUCCCAUAAAGAAACUGAGGAAUUAAUGGAAAUAGCAGAAAGUAAGACGCAACAUGAGAUUUUAAGUGAGUCUGAAGCUUUAAAAGAAAAUAAAGAGAUAAAAAAACAGAAAUCAGUAGAAACUGUGCUUCCACCUCCUCGUAUUCCAUCUGGUGCAAGAGGAAAUGCAGCAAAAGCUUUAUUGGAAAACUUUGGCUUUGAGUUGGUUAUCCAGUUUAAUGAAAACAAGCAGAAAGUUCAGAAGAGAAGCAAGAAUGGUGAAAAUGAGAAAACUGAUAAGUUGGAAUGUGAAGCAUGUGGUAAACUGUUUUCGAACAUCCUUAUUCUGAAGAGCCACCAAGAGCAUAUUCACUACCAGUUUUUCCCAUUUGGAGAGCUGGAGAUAUUUGCAUGCCAUUAUAGGGAAGCGUAUGACAAACUGUAUCCCGUAACACCAUCUUCACCAGAGUCACCUGCACCCACACCACUGCCACCUCCCCCACCACCGCCACCACCUCCUCCUCCUCCACCACCACCACCACCUCCUUCCUCAACAGCAAACGGCAAAGUCCAAGGAUCUGCCCCAUCGCCAUUACCGCCACCACCACCUCCUCCGCCACCUCCUCCGCCUCCACCUCCCCCACCUCCCCCUUCUUCACAGUCCCAGGUUCAGAUGCCGGUAUCCUUGGACCUGCCUCUCUUCCCCCCGGUUAUGAUGCAGCAUUCUUCUUUGCCACCUCAGCUCACUUUGCAACUUCCGACCAUGGAGUCUUUAUCUGCAGACCUCACCCAGCUCUGUCAACAGCAGUUAGGCUUAGAUCCCAAUUUUCUCAAACAUCACCAAUUCAAGCGUCCACGUACAAGAAUCACAGACGAUCAAUUAAAGGUCUUACGAACUUAUUUUGACAUCAAUAACUCACCAACUGAAGAACAAAUUCAAGAAAUGUCAGACAAGUCAGGACUUCCACAGAAAGUUAUCAAGCAUUGGUUUCGAAAUACUCUGUUUAAAGAGAGGCAAAGAAAUAAGGACUCGCCGUACAAUUUCAAUAAUCCACCCAUUACCACAUUGGAAGAAACCAGAAAUGAUUCUUGUUUUAAUACUGGAGAAUGUUACAGGACAGAUGGUGCAGUAAAUAAGCGAUCAUCUAGAACACGAUUCACUGACUACCAGUUGAGGGUUCUGCAGGACUUUUUUGAUACGAAUGCUUAUCCAAAAGAUGAUGAAAUAGAACAGUUAUCCACAGUUCUGAACCUGCCUACUCGAGUAAUUGUUGUGUGGUUCCAAAAUGCCCGGCAAAAAGCCCGAAAGAGCUUUGAGAAUCAAGCCGACGCUAAAGACAGUGAAAGAAGGGAGCUAACCAAUGAACGUUAUAUACGAACCAACAAUUUACAAUAUCAGUGUAAAAAAUGCAAUGUUGUGUUUCCGCGCAUUUUCGAUUUAAUUACACAUCAAAAGAAACAGUGUUACAAAGAUGAAGACGAUGAUGGUCAGGAUGAUAGUCAGACGGAAGAUUCAAUGGAUGCUAUAGACCAAAUAAUGUCAAAUCAUCCUGACACUUCUGGUCUACCAGACUCAUCAAAGCCUUCAUUGGGAACAAUGACAGGGUCAGGUUCCAGUUCUGGUUCUAGUACUCCUCUGAUGCCUUCACCCAAACUGGAAAUAGAUAAAUGUUCCCCUAAAUCUAACUUACCAGGAGAGAAACCAAAGCAAAUUGAGGCUAUUCAACCCUCUCAAGUGACCAAGCUAACACCUUCACCUCCAUCAGAGCCACAGUCGACAACACCUCAGUCACAGCAGCAAAAGCAAUCCCAACCACAAAUAAUGCGGUCUCAUUCACAGCCUCAAAGUACACCGACAGUUUCAUCCGCCCCUCCGUCUGCAGCUGUCACCUCUUUACAGAACAGUCUACCUCCUCAAAUAUUACAGUACCAGUGUGACCAGUGUAAAUAUGCCUUUCCAACCUUGGAACUUUGGCAAGAGCACCAGCACAUUCAUUUCUUGGCAGCCCAAAAUCAAUUCCUCCAUUCACAAAUCUUGGAUAGAUCUUUAGAUAUGCCCUAUAUGAUUUUUGACCCAAACAAUCCUCUUAUAGCAGGACAGUUACUUCCUGGGCCUCUUGCACAAAUAUCUUCCCAGACUAACUCAUCAGUUCCAACUCCUUCCAAUACUGCUUCUGGAACAGUGAAGCGCAAAUUGGAAGAGAAGGAGGAGAACAACCAAAAUGAUAAAGAAGGCACAAAUAGUAGUGAUGAACCCCAUCGUGAUAAACGGCUCAGAACCACAAUUACUCCAGAGCAGCUGGAGAUAUUAUAUGAAAAGUACCUGUUGGAUUCUAAUCCCACUCGCAAAAUGUUAGAUCAUAUUUCAAAUGAGGUAGGCUUGAAGAAACGUGUGGUUCAGGUUUGGUUUCAGAACACUCGAGCUCGUGAAAGGAAAGGGCAGUUUCGUGCCCUUGGCCCAAGUCAAUCUCACAGAAGAUGCCCUUUUUGUCGAGCACUCUUCAAAGCUAAGACAGCACUUGAAACGCACAUUCGUUCCCGACAUUGGCAUGAAGCUAAACAAGCAGGUUACAGCCUCCCACCAAGCCCCAUUAUGCCACAAGACGAUGAUGGUGACAGCCUGCAAAAAGAUAAUUAUUUUGAAUUUCCAACAUUACUAUUUUCCAAGAUCGAUGCAUUAAGUGAAAAUGAAGCACCAUCUUCGGUUUCAACACCAGUAAGUAAAACAGCAGAUAUGUCACCGAAACAUCUCCUGAGCCCUUCGUUAUUCAAAUCAGAAUGCCAUGAAGACACAGAAAGUCCAAAUGUAAACCCUGCUGUUGUCAGUUUUGAUCAGAGUAAGGCAGAUUAUGAUGAUACAUCAUCUAUUAACACAGCUAUAAGUGAUGCAAGUACGGGAGAUGAAGGAAACAAUGAAACUGAAAACAUUUUAGUUAGCACUUCAGAGAGUAAAGUUACUGAGUCUUCAGAUGAUUUAAAAACGUCAAUAGCUGGUGAUCAAUUAUCAGUGAUGGCUACAACAACCUCAGUUGAUUAUUGCGAUGAUAGACUUUCCAUCAGUUUACCUAGCCCUUCUCUAAGCUUCAUUUCAAGGGAUAAUGAUGUAGAUGAUAGUGUUGACCGAAGUGAGACAUCAAGUUUAGCUGAUCCCUGUUCCCCAAGUCCUUUUGGGAGCCACAGUAGUCUUAAAUCAUCAUCCAGAUCCAGUGAACGGCCUGGUCAGAAACGCUUCCGAACACAAAUGAGUAAUCUUCAACUAAAAGUCCUUAAGUCAUGCUUCUCUGACUACCGUACACCAACGAUGCAAGAAUGUGAACUUCUUGGCAAUGAGAUUAAUUUACCUAAAAGAGUUGUCCAGGUCUGGUUUCAGAAUGCUCGAGCAAAAGACAAAAAAUUAAAGUUAAACAUGGCAAAAUCAUUCAUGAUGAAUCAAACUGGAACUGAUGGACAAAGAACAGAAUGCUCUUUGUGUGGUGUUAUGUACACUGCCCGUUUGUCUAUCAGAGAUCACAUUUUCUCACAGCAGCAUAUUAACAAGGUGAAAGAAACAGUAGGAUGUCAACUUGAUAAGGAAAAGGAUUACCUUGCUCCUACGACUGUCCGACAGUUGAUGGCUCAACAAGAGUUGGAUCGUUUGAAGAAGGCUACAGAUACUUUGGGCAUAACAUCACAGCAACAAGUUCUGCAUCAGCAAAGCAUAAUGGAAAAUAAUGCAUUGCAUGGCCUCAAUGCUUCGACAUCCUAUUCAGGCCUCUCUGGCCUUUCUCCAGUCAUUCUUCCUGGAGUUAAUGGCCCUACUUCACUGCCAAGUUUUUCACAAAACACAACAGCUUUACCAUCUCCUGGUGCAGGCAUGCUUGGGUUCCCUUCUCCAGCUACUGUGUCCCCUGCCCUAUCACUCAGCAGUGUUCCUACCAAACCUUUGCUGCAGUCUCCCCCACCGUCGUCAUCAGUUCCUUUGGUUGGACAGCAGGCAGAGCAACAGAACAAGGAUUCAGAAAAAAGUGGGAAGUCAGACAAGGCCAAGGUUAAACCCAAAGACAAGGAUACGGAGAAGGACAAAGAUGAAAUUGUACCCACUAAAAAGGAGGAAAAGGAAUCAUCAAUCAUAUCAAACCAAAAUGGAGGUGGGAAGUCAGCGGAUCCUGCUCAGCUGCAAACACUUCAGGCAGCAAUGACAGGUGAUUCCAAUUCUUUUCUGGGUGGACAAUUCUUGCCAUACUUCAUUCCUGGAUUUGCAUCAUAUUUCA